AUGUGUAAAUCUGAUAUAUUAAAAGCAUUUGGUUAUCAUGUUAGUAGCCGUAGUAGGCCAGCACAAUUUUCAGCAAGUGUGGAUGAUGAUGCUCCAAGUGGGGGAAGAGGAGGAAAUGGAGGGAGAGGAGGGGGAAACACGAACAAUAAUCAUCGAGAAGGUGACAGAUUAAGUAUAGAAUCUACAUGUAGCGAUUCUGCCAAUCCUUUCCCUGUGGUUACUGAAGUACACGAUCCGUUUGGUUUUUCUCCUUCUACAUCGCCACAAUUUGUUCAGAUUGGCAGCGACAAUUUUCAAGUUGCUAGUAAUUCAACAAUUUUGCCAUCUUCAUCUUCUGUUCACUGUGAAAUUGUACAAGCACAAAUUGAAAGACAUUCACAAAAUGUUGGGGAUGAUUUGUCACCUAGUUCUUUGGAAGAAGAAGGAGAAGGGAGUGAAGGAACAAAACAAAUUGAGGGAAAUGUUGGUGGAAAAAUACAGGAAGAAACCGUCGAUAAACAUCAAAAACGGGAAACUAAAAGUAGUGGUCCUUUACGUCUUUUUCGAGCAGUAACAGGUCGUCGACAUGUUAAUACGGCACUUGUUAGGCUUUCACGUUCUCGUUCGCUCAGUCAUAAUCCAUCUGCUGAUGUUGAAUCUACCAGUAAUCCUAAUAAUAAUGAAAAUACGAGUGGACAAGAAGCUAUUAUUUUCUACUCUUUAAAAGGAAAUCGUAACGCUAAAAAUCUGGAAUCUACACUUCCCCAAACAUUUACCAGUACAAUAAUCCCAAGAACAACAACAGCAACCAUUUCUCCCUCAACUACACGUUCAUCUUUAGCUCGUGUAGAUGAAGCUGGUGGUAUUCUUCCUUCAACAACAAUGAAUGAAAAUUCUCGUGCAUUAACUGCCCCUGGUGAUUUUCGGCGAAAAAAAGGAGGUGGGAGUAGUAGAAGUGGAGGGGGAAGUAGAGGAGGAGGAAUGGAAGGUGGAGGAAAACGCCAAAAAAGAAAUUUUAAAAAUCAGCAACAACAUUCUUUAAGUGAUGGGGAUAUUGUUGAACAACAAGAAGGAGGAAAUGAUGAUUUUUUAAAUGAUGAAAAAAUUUUAAGAAAGCAAACAGCAGGGGAUGUACGGGUGGAAAUGCCGUAA